AGGUCGCCGUGACCGGAGCCAUCAUCGGCCGAAGCUGCCCCGACCUCGACGCCUUGUGCAGGGACGACCCGCCAGCCAGGCUGGCGCAGGCGCACUGCAAGAUCAAGUCCGAGGAGGACAGGUUUUUUAUAUGCGACAUGGGUACGUCCGACGAGGGCACCACCCUGGAUGGAUUCGCAGUCCACGACGACUGGGUCGGCCCUCUGCAGAACGGGAGCCUGCUCACGCUGGGGCCGCUGCGCAUCAAGAUUCAGCUUAGCGACAUGGCCAAGUCCACACCGCUUCAGGGCGGCGCCCCCAAGCGUGGCGCGGUGGACGACGACGAGGGAG